CUUGCACCCCUUGCUACAGGGCCCAGACAAAACAACAGCAUUUUCUAUGAAAUUCGCACAUAUGAUAUUAAGCCAUCGAAGAUGAAGGAGUUUGUGGAAAUGGUCAACAAGUACCUUCACCUUCGCACAGCUCACUCAGAACUGGUGGGAUUCUGGUCUGCAGAGCUGGGAGCAAUGAAUAAAGUGGUCCACAUUUGGAAGUACGAUAAUUUUACCCACAGAACAGCAGUCCGGAAUGCAGUAGCCAAUGACAAAGACUGGCAGGGAAAAUUCAUCUCACCAGUUCUACCCUUGAUAGAAAAGCAGAACAAUGAGGUCGCUUAUCUAGUACCCUGGUGUCAAUUUGGGAAGCCUCCAAAAGAAGGGGGAAUAUAUGAAUGGGUUACUUUCCAGAUGAAGCCUGGUGGGCCAGCAUUGUGGGGUAAAUCCUUUCAAGCUGCCAUCAAUGCUCACGUCAGCACAGGCUACACCAAGCUGAUCGGUGUUUUCCACACAGAGUAUGGAUUACUUAACACAGUCCAUGUGAUCUGGUGGAAUGAGAGCGCAGAUCACCGGGCAGCAGGAAGGCACAGUGCCCAUGAAGAUGCUAGAGUGGUAGCAGCUGUGCGGGACAGUGUCAGAUUCUUGGAGUCCCAGCAAAAUGUGCUCCUGAUUCCUCUGCAAUGCUCGCCACUGAAGUAA